AUGAAUUUUCUCAUCGUCGUUCUUGGUAUUUUGGUGUUAUUUAUUCACCGCUUCUAUUGCUGUAACUUCAAGGUUAAUGUGCGGUCAGAAACGGAACACGACGUAUGGGCGCAGUUCACAUUUCACAACAAGACGCAGAGCGAAGUAUUGAAUUUCACGAGAUAUGGCGAGGAAAGAGAAUUACGUGUAACUGGUGUCAUUUGUAAUAUAGGACCAACCAUAUUGAAGAGCUAUAAGGAAUUUCCAAAGAAGGGUGUCAAACCAAUUGGAGAGACUUCGGCGUUUUUAGACGGGAAUGGCGAAAUGUUCUAUAAAAUUUUCCCGAAACAAGGUCCGAUGGCAGUUCGUUCAUUUGCUAUGAUCUGCGGAUUCGGCCAAUGCCGCGUCGGAUGA